UCCAACGUGACACACAAAUCCAUCUCUCUCGGUGGCUUUCCUUUUUUUGCCACCCCAGAAUUAAAAACUCUUCCCCCUUAAACCGGCGCCAUGUCUUUCCAGGGCAAGAAGAACAUCCCCCGUUUAACGAGUGAUAAGCUCAUCAUCAAAGGUGGAAAAAUCGUAAAUGAUGACCAGUCCUUCUAUGCUGACAUUUAUAUUGAGGAUGGGACCAUCAAACAGAUUGGGGAGAACCUCAUCGUGCCCAGUGGGGUGAAGACUGUGGAUGCAUAUGGACACAUAGUGAUCCCGGGUGGCAUUGACGUCAACACCAGCCUCCAGGCGCCUCACCUGGGCAUGAGCCCCGCUGACGACUUUUACCACGGCACUCGCGCUGCCCUGGCAGGAGGAACCACCAUGAUCAUUGACCAUGUUGUGCCCGAGCCGGGAGCAAGCUUGCUGGCUGCUUUUGACCAGUGGAGGGAUACGGCCGAUAAGAGGUCAUGUUGUGACUACUCUCUGCACAUAGACAUCACCCGCUGGCAUGAAGGCAUGUUUGAGGAGCUGGAGACGCUGGUCAAAGAUCACGGUGUGAACUCAUUCCUGGUUUACAUGACUUACAAGGACAAGUAUCAAAGCUCAGAUUCACAAAUGUAUGAGAUUUUUAGCAUUCUGAGAGAUCUGGGAGCUAUUGCUCAAGUUCAUGCUGAGAACGGUGACAUUAUUGAUGAGGAGCAGAAGAAGCUGUUGGACCUGGGGAUCACAGGCCCUGAGGGACAUGUGCUAAGCCAUUCAGAGGAGGUGGAAACAGAGGCAGUGUAUCGGGCCAUCACCAUCGCUAAGCAGGCCAACUGCCCCCUCUAUGUCACCAAGGUGAUGAGUAAACCUGCUGCUGAUGUCAUUGCCAAGGCCAGGAAAAAGGGCAUGGUUGUUUAUGGCGAGCCAAUCGCAGCCAGUCUUGGCACUGAUGGAUCACACUAUUGGAGCAAAAACUGGGCCAAAGCUGCUGCUUUCGUCAUGUCUCCACCACUCAGUCCAGAUCCAGCGACCCCAGACUACCUCAACUCCAUGCUGUCCUGUGGGGAUCUUCAAGUGACGGCCAGCGCUCACUGCACAUUCUCCACGGCUCAGAAAGCUGUAGGAAAGGACAACUUCACGUUCAUUCCUGAGGGGACCAACGGCAUUGAAGAACGCAUGAGCAUCGUCUGGGACAAAGCUGUAGCCACAGGUAAAAUGGAUGAGAAUGAGUUUGUGGCAGUGACCAGCACAAACGCAGCCAAGAUCUUCAACUUGUACCCUCGCAAAGGAAGAAUCGCAGUGGGAUCUGAUGCAGACCUCGUCAUUUGGAACACCAAGGAGACCAAAACCUUCUCGGCCCAAUCUCACAAUUUGACAGUGGAGAUGAAUAUCUUUGAAGGUAUGGAGUGCAGGGGCUUCCCCGUGGUCGUCAUCAGUCAGGGCAGGAUCGUUCUGGAGGGGGAGAAGCUGGAUGUGAUGGAGGGUUCGGGUCGCUUUGUCCCCAGGAAAGCUUACCCAGACUACGUCUACAAGAGGAUCAAAGCCCGCAGCAGGAUGGCAGAGGCUCGUGGCGUCCCUCGAGGUAAUUAUGACGGGCCUGUUCAUGAUGUCAUUAGCAUGACAAAGUCUGUACCACCAACUCCCACCACCAGAGGACCCUCCUGUCCAGGGAAGAUUGCUGCAGGACCGGCCAGAAACCUGCACCAAUCAGGAUUCACCCUGUCUGGCACUCAGAUGGACGACCACAUCCCCAGGCGCACUGCACAGAGGAUCGUAGCUCCCCCUGGAGGAAGAUCCAACAUCACGUCCCUGUCAUGAGUGGCAUCCACUGAGGGAAGCGAGCAAUUAGCAACAGUUACGAUCUCCCUUUGGCUUCCAGUUUAACAUUAAACAAUAACAUGAUGCAAGCAACAUUUUAUCCAUUACCUUUAUACACGCUGCAACUUCUUCUGCCAAGUCCACCACACAGGGCUAUGCACCCACUGCUUCAACUAGCAGAUGAAGUAUAGACAAGCAUAUAAGUCUGCUCAUAUUCUCUUUUUGGAUAGCCUCAAACUCUUCUCGUCCAAAAUCCCAGUCCCAUCGUGUAGCAUGCAACAUAACCAGAGUCCGCAGGCUCAGUAACCCAUUCUGUCAGCUUUAGCAUACAAGUAGCAUUGAUAAUGUGAUGAAGGUGAAUAGUUGGUGAUUGUAGUAUCUGUAUAACGCUGGAUGGAUCUCAUCUCAGUGCUGCCUUUGAACCAGUGCUUUUUUUCUGUCUGCUGUCAUUCAAAUUAAGACUGAACUUUUCAAGAGGGGCUCUCUGUCAGUGUCUUUACUUUUAGGAAGCUACUUGUAGAUUGUCUUUAAAAAAUUGAACUGCUAUAGUUAGGUUUGUACGUUAAAUGUCAGCGAAGUAAAAAGAGCCAAUAGGCCAGUGGUUGAGCAUUUGCUUUCCCUAUUGACAGAAAGUUUUAAAAUAUGUUUAAAAAAAGACCUUAAGGAAGAUAUAUAGGAAUAGACCAGACAGUAACUUGCUUCAGGCCAUUCAUUGCCAUUCCUCCAUUCCCUUAAAUAUGCUCAUUUUUGUAAGUUUUUAAGAAAUAUUUGGUGCUCUUAAACGUGUUACUGUGAAAAACAAACCACUUUCUGGCCCUAACUGUUGAUUCAUAUUUGUUUGAGGUGCCAUCAUUUUGCCUUUCGAUGUAAACCUCUCGUUUUUACUUUUCAAAGGGAUUUAAUUUUAAAAAAUGGCCUCUUUUAUAGUGAAAAAUACAAAGAUGUGAUUAGCCAGAAGCAUUCUUCUGUUUUAAUGUGGUGUAAAUUGGUGAGCUGUUUUAAAAGUAGCCCAUGCUGGUCAGUGAUGCUCCACUGAAAGGAAACCAGUCAGUAGAUUACUGUUUUCUACUUUUUCUGUGUUCAGUCUGUAAAUACGUCUUAUGUUCCUAACUGUGCAUGGUCCGCAUGUCCUCAAUAAACAGUUUUUUUGGGAAAAGAAGACUUAA